CAGCAGUCGAUUUUGGACAGUCGCGAUCAUCCCAAGUUAGAUCUAGUGUUUAGGCUGUCCCGGGAGCCCAUACCACACCCCAGACCUCUCGCUCGAAUCUGCGAGCCUUGGGCCAGCCGAGAUUACCAGUUCGCAGACUUUUCAGGGUAUAAAAGCACUUGUUUCCCGGUCCCAGCCCACCCUACAAAGAUCUAUACGCUGAUAUGUCUACGACACUGAAGCGCGUCCUCGUGACCGGCGGUGCCGGCUACAUCGGCUCCCACGUCGUCUUUGCCCUCCAGGAGACCCGCCGCUACAAAGUCAUCUCCAUCGACAACCACCACAACUCGCACCCGCGCGCGCUCGAGCGCGUCGCCCAGAUCGCAAAGGCGAACCUGCCCGCGGACGCGACCGAGCAGGACAGGGAGAGCACCGAGAUCGACGCGCACGCGGCCGACCUCACGAAGGAGGACGAGGUGCGCGCGGUAUUUGGGAAGUACGGCAAGGGCGGGAUAUGGGGCGUCAUCCACAUUGCUGCUUACAAGGCAGUGGGAGAGUCUACCGAGAUCCCGCUGACAUACUACCAAAACAACGUCUCCGCCACCAUCUCCCUCCUCCAAAUCAUGUCCGAGUAUGAAUGCACAAGAUUUGUAUAUUCCUCGUCAGCAACCGUAUACGGCACGCCCCCGAAGAUUCCCAUCCCCGAGACGACAAGACUGCAGGCCGACUCGCCCUACGGUCGGAGUAAAGUCAUGUGCGAGCAGAUUCUGCAAGAUCUCUGCGCAGGUUUGUCCUCCUCCACUCUCCAUGCACUCAUGUUAACCGCCAUGCCAGCCGAACCCCAGCGCUGGCGCGCCAUCUCCCUCCGGUACUUCAACCCCGCAGGCGCCCACCCGUCGGGCCUGAUCGGCGAGGAGCCGCGCGGGCGCCCGGGCAACCUCUUCCCGCUGCUCGCGCACAUGGCAGUAGGCCGCGUCCCGCCGGACCUCAAGGUCUUCGGGAACGACUACCCGACGCCCGACGGGACGUGCGUGCGCGACUACAUCCACGUCGUCGACCUCGCGCGGGGCCACCUCCUCGCCCUGGAUGCACUCGCGCCCACCUCGCGGGUGUGGGAGGGCGUGGGAGAGCAAGAGGCGAAGAUCAAGGCGUAUAAUCUGGGCAAAGGGAAGGGAAUGAGUGUUCUCCAGAUUAUCGAGGCGAUGCGGAAGGCGACUGGGUUUGAUUACAAGUACGAGAUCGUCGGGCGGAGGCGCGGAGAUGUGCCGGACCUGACUGCGGACCCCGCGCUCGCGGAGAAGGAGCUCGGGUUCAAGGCGCCGCAGGACCUCGAGACGAUGUGCCGCGAUCUCUGGAAUUGGCAGACGAAGAACCCGAAGGGGUACGACGAGUAGGCAGCGAACGGGUAGAUGGGACGGACAGACGAGAAGCAUGUCCCUAAUGAAAUGUCUAAUGUAAUACUAGAUACCUAAGUACAUAGCGGUUGAUUCCCGUUUUCUCAAGUUAGCGUCAUCCAUGGCCAGGUCGUUUGCAGAGCGGGCAUAUCCUACAUACAUCUCGGACAUAAUAUGUACAUCCACAUUCCCUGCGCGC